GAUAGACAAUUGCCAAGAUGGGUACCGGAAAGAAGGAGCGGUCCCGCAUAGAGCGGCAGGGGAAGGUCACCGGCGACCCCAAGGUCAAGGGCGAGAACUUCUACCGCUCCGCCAAGAAGAUAAAGACCCUGAACAUGUACAAGGAUGGCAAGGCAAUCCGGAACAAAGAGGGCAAGAUUGUCAAGGCCGCCUCGUACCAGAGCAAGGAGGUUCCCAAGGCAGUAGUCGAGCCGAACAGGAGGUGGUUCACCAACACCAGAGUCAUCUCCCAAGACACGCUCAAAUCGUUCAGGGAGGCCAUCGCAGAGAAAGAGAAGGACCCGUACUCGGUCCUGCUGAAGAGCAACAAGCUUCCCAUGAGUUUGAUCCGGGACGGCCCAAGCCUCCAGGACGGGCUCAAGAAGCAUCAGGCGAAGAUGACCAUCGAGAGCGAGCCUUUUUCCCAGACCUUCGGACCCAAGGCACAGAGGAAACGGCCGAAGGUCACCUUUAACACAGUGGAAGAGCUCGCUGGGCACACCGAGCAGAGUCUCGACUCGUACCAGGCUCGACUGGAGGAGAUCAAGCUGCUCAAUGGCGCCGCGGGAUCUGCGGCUACGGACGGUGAUGCGAUUGUGGAGGAAGACUUUAGUGUCGCGACCGCCAAGGAGGCCAUCUUCAGCAAGGGCCAGUCCAAGCGUAUAUGGAACGAGCUUUACAAGGUGAUUGACUCGUCAGAUGUCAUUCUCCACGUAAUAGACGCCCGGGAUCCGUUGGGGACAAGAUGUCGGCACGUCGAAAAGUAUCUCGCUACCGAAGCCCCGCACAAACAUCUUGUUUUCGUGUUAAACAAGAUUGACUUGGUGCCCUCGAGCACGGCGGCCGCCUGGAUCCGCGUGCUCCAGAAGGACCACCCCACCUGUGCCAUGAGAUCGAGCAUCAAGAACCCGUUUGGGCGCGGUUCUCUGAUUGACCUCCUCAGGCAAUUUAGCAUCCUUCACAAGGAUCGGAAGCAGAUCAGCGUCGGCUUGAUCGGGUAUCCGAACGUAGGCAAGUCGAGUAUCAUCAAUGCCCUCCGUGGCAAGGCCGUCGCCAAGGUUGCACCCAUUCCGGGUGAAACCAAGGUUUGGCAGUACGUCACGCUGAUGAAGAGGAUCUAUUUGAUCGACUGCCCGGGUAUCGUGCCACCAAACCAUCACGAUACGCCGCAGGAUCUCCUGCUCCGCGGUGUUGUUCGUGUCGAGAACGUCGAGCAUCCGGAGCAGUACAUACCCGCCGUUUUGAAAAAGGUCAAGACACACCACAUGGAGAGGACGUAUGAAUUGAAGGGUUGGAAAGACCACAUCGAAUUCCUCGAGCUCCUUGCUAGGAAAUCUGGCAGGCUGCUCAAGGGCGGCGAACCAGACGUUGACGGGGUUGCCAAGAUGGUUCUCAACGACUUCAUGCGAGGCAAGAUUCCCUGGUUUACGCCCGCUCCGGCAAUGGAGGGAGGUGACGACACUGUCAUUGAAGGCCGGCAAGGCCGUCUUGGGGAGAUGCCGCUCAAACGGAAGCGAGACGAGGCGGAAAGUGUUGCCGACACCUCGUUGGCUGGCUCAACCGUAGCGGCCGAGGAACAAGACUCUGGAGAGGAAGACGAGGACUUCUCCGGGUUCUCGAGUGACAGUGACUCUGAGCAGGAAGGCGGGCCUGAAGCAGCGGCCGAGGAAGGUGCGGAAGAUAUGAUACCCCUAGGCGACUCGAGUGACGAGGAUGAGGAAGGAUCCGGAGAUGAGGAUGGCUCAGACGAGGGCGGUGCGGAGGAGGACGCCGAGUCAGAUGUCGACAUUGAGGGAGCGAGUGACAUCCUCGCAUCCGAAGACGAGUCAGAGCCACCUGUUCAGAAGAAGCGAAAGAAGGCUAGGUAGUGCUUUCUGCUGAAGUUGAGAAAUGAGAUUAUGAGGAAUGGGUGAGCCUCCAAUCACUAUCGUCAUACAUGCUUCACACCAACCGUUUGCUGCGUGGUGACUUCAGUCGGACCUUUGCUGGCCUUUCCGGAGCACCCAAGCGCUACGGUUGUUUCUAUGGCGCCUGCGUGGAUAGACGGGCUUGGGCGUUUCCGCCGGUUUCCUUCCGGUUUCAUGUGCGUAGUGAGCUAGGGGGGUCCUGCUUUCGUGAGGUGAGGAUGCUUUAGGCGGACUUACGUAUUGUUUGAGGAGUUUUUCUGAUCCAAACUCUGAGACCUGCGUAUGUAAUUAGAGUCAUCCUGUAGGCUUCACGGCGCAUGGACAAUGGACUAUGCCAAUUAAGACAGCA